AUGAAAAUCAGAAUGUUUUGUGAAAUAAAUGUCCGAGUUACAACCAUGGAUGCAGAGCUGGAGUUUGCAAUCCUUCCCAGCACGACUGGCAAACAGCUUUUCGACCAGGUAGUGAAGACGAUCGGUCUGAGAGAAACCUGGUUCUUUGGCCUCCAGUAUCAGGACAGCAAAAGCUUCUCCACCUGGCUCAAGCUUAAUAAGAGGGUGACAGCUCAAGAUGUGAAGAGGGACAACCCUUUGUUGAUUAAGUUCAGGGCAAAGUUCUACCCUGAGGAUGUCGCAGACGAACUGAUCCAGGAGGCGACACAGCGUCUCUUCUUUCUCCAGGUGAAAGAGAGCAUCCUAAACGAUGACAUAUACUGUCCACCUGAGACUGCAGUGCUCUUGGCCUCGUACGCCGUUCAGGUCAAACUCGGAGACUACAGAAAAGAUUAUCAUGUCCCGGGAUACCUCACAAAAGAGAAGCUGCUGCCACAGAGAGAAGACGCAAUGGUGGAGUAUCUGAAGAUAGCCCAAGACCUGGAGAUGUACGGGGUCAACUACUUCAACAUUAAGAACAAGAAAGGGUCCGAGCUGUGGCUGGGAGUGGAUGCACUGGGGCUAAACAUCUAUGACAAAAAAGACAAGAUGACCCCAAAGAUCGGUUUUCCCUGGAGUGAGAUCAGAAACAUCUCCUUCAAUGACAAGAAAUUUCUCAUCAAGCCAAUCGACAAGAAAGCUCCGGACUUUGUUUUCUAUGUACCCCGUCUCCGCAUCAACAAGCGUAUCCUGGCAUUGUGCAUGGGGAACCAUGACCUGUACAUGCGCAGACGCAAACCCGACACCAUCGAGGUGCAGCAGAUGAAGGCACAGGCCAGGGAGGAGAAGAACAAGAGGCAAAUGGAGAGAGCGCUCGAGCUGGAGAGGGAGAGAACAAUUGCUCAGGAGGAGGCUGAGCUUCUGGACAAGGACCGCAAAGCUGCAGUGGAGGCGAAAGCAGCCCUGCUGCACCAUUCCGAAACCCAGACAAAGAACCAGGAAACCCUGGCCACUGAGCUGGCAGAGCUUACCACUAAGAUAUCUCAGCUGGAGGACGCCAAGAAGAAGAAGGAUGAGGAGGCGAAGCGAUGGCAAAAUAGGGCGGUUAUGGCAGAGGCUGAUUUGGACCGAACCAAAGAGGAGCUGAAGACUAAACUAAUGGGUGUCCACAUCCAGAAUUCAGUCCACACUCACAUGCACGAGCACGACGAGACGGACGAGAGCAGCGCCGAGGCAAGCGCCGAGCUGACGUCCCCAGGCAUGGUCCGGGAUCGCAGCGAGGAGGAGAGGGUGACGGAGGCGCAGAAGAACAAGAGGCUGCAGAAAAACCUCAAGUUCCUGAGCACCGAGCUGGCCGGAGCUGUAGAUGAGAGCAAAAAGACCCCGAAUGACCUGAUCCACGCUGAGAACGUGAAAGCAGGCCGCGACAAAUACAAGACUCUGCGUCAGAUCCGCCAGGGCAACACUAAACAGCGCAUAGAUGAAUUUGAGUCCAUAUCUAAGUUCCCGCUGAGACGCAUGACUGGAGUCUCAUUGGGUAGGCGUUUUCUCCCCGGCGGAGAGUGUUUUGUUUGCUCUCUCCGUGCUCUCGCGCACUGCCUCAACUCCCAAGGACGCGAGCUGAAGAUGGCCUUUCGCGCGAGCUUGCCCGAGAGAGAAGGGACGUCGAACUCUCUCGCAAUGACGGAGCGGGACCGCCUGGACGCUAGUGACCCGUACGCGUGCCCGACCACCGAGCUCAGCAAAGCCGUGUCCGUGUCUCUGGGCUUAGACUCGGUGGCGUCCCCGCUCCAUAUCGCGAGCCAGUGCCACGGCGGUGGUGGUGCGUUCGCGGACUGCGACCCGACCGGCGGCGGAAAUAGUUCGCGAGGAGCGCCCGAGUUGGGAACGCCCGGGAGUCUUAGCUCGGAGGGAGGCAGGCUCGUCCCGGCGGGCUCCAGUCCCCGAGAGGACGACGGCGACUUCGGAGAGGUGUGCUACGGCUUGCGGCAGGUGAGCUGCAUGGAUCUGUUCCGCCCGGACGGCGCGCGCUCCGUGACGCGCGGCUCGGUGAUCUCCAGAUUCGUCUGCAGGGAGUCGAACGCCUUCGCGAGCCCCUCGGCGGAGCUCCCCGCGGCCGGGGUCGAGCCUCUGAACCCGUACUCCGCCUACGGCGCCUGCCCGGGUCCCUACAGGGAUGUCCAGGGCGCGUGGUGCGCCAACGAGCGCGCGGCGUUCGGCGAGCGAGCCGGGCCGCACAGAGGCGGGUCCGAGGAGCACGGCUUCUCGUGCAAGUACUGUAACUGUGGGCCAACGGCUCACGGAUCCAGGCGCGCGUGCAGCUGCGCGUGGUUCAGGAGAGGUGAGCGGGGUGGGAAAGGUGUCCUGCAGGCGCAGGCGUACGGCCAAGUGGAAAGUUACCCAGACGCGGUUCGUCAAGGGCAAACCACUUUUUCCAGCAUCAAGAGCGAACCUUCGGUUUGGGUGGACUACUCAGACCGCGCUUUCAGGCAUGAGGAUUUCUUUCCUGGCGUCUACCUGUCAGACAGAAGGGUGUGUCAGGUGUGUGGGGACGAUGCUUCGGGUUGUCACUAUGGAGCAGUCACGUGCGGCAGCUGCAAAGUGUUCUUCAAGAGGGCCGCUGCAGGUAAGCAGAACCACCUGUGCGCCAGCCGGAACGACUGCACCAUCGACAAGCUGAGGCGGAAAAACUGCGCCUCGUGCCGCCUGAAGAGAUGCUUCAUGUCCGGAAUGAGCCUGAAAGGUCGCAGGCUGAAGGGAGGCGGACAGGCGAGAGGCGGGGAGGAGGAGCAACAGGCCGCCGGCUGGGGGCAUCGAGAGGAGCGAACAGGAAAGAAAGAUGUUGUCUUGGAGUCCGGAAAUGCAGCUGCCAGGGCCCAAGGUGGACCCCAAGCCCUGCCUCAAGGCAUCCCCCAAACCCUGCGCUCCUGCCUCUCCCUGCUCAGCAUCCUGCAGUCCAUCGAGCCGGCGGUGGUCAACGCGGGGCACGACCCCGCCCAGCCGGACAGCCCCGCGUCCCUGCUGACCAGCCUCAACGAGCUGGGCGAGCGGCAGCUGGUAACGGUGGUGCGCUGGGCCAAAGUAAUACCAGGGUUCCGUGACCUGCACGUGGACGACCAGAUGUCAGUGAUCCAGUUGUCGUGGAUGGGGGUGAUGGUGUUCGCUCUGGGCUGGAGGUCUUACACCUUGACGAACUGCUCCAUGCUCUACUUCGCCCCGGACCUGGUCUUCAACGACCAGAGGAUGCAAGUAUCCAGCAUGUAUGAGCACUGCGUGAGGAUGAAGCUCCUGGCCCAAAGGUUCUGCAAGCUGGAGGUGACCGAGGAGGAGUUCCUCUGCAUGAAAGCCCUCGUCCUCUUCAGCAUCACGAAACGCGCUCAGGAAGGACUCAGGAGAGACGAGGGGGGACGGAUGAAGGCUGAGAGUUACCGCUGUGUUCUGGCUUUUGCGGUCCUAGUACCGGUGGAGGGUCUGAAGAGCCAGCGGUGUUUUGACGAACUGCGGACCUCCUACAUCAAGGAGCUGGACCGCUUGGCCAGCCACCGCGGAGAGACCACCCGCACGCAGAGGCUGUUUCAGCUCACGCAGCUGUUGGACUACCUCCAGACGGUUGUGAGGAAGCUGCACCAGUUCACGUACGAUCUGUUCAUCCAGGCGCAGUCCCUGCAGAUGCGCGUCAGCUUCCCGGAGAUGAUCUCCGAGAUCGUCAGCGUCCACGUGCCCAAGAUCCUCUCGGGCAUGGUCAAACCCAUCCUUUUCCACGACACAGCCUAGACGCAGUCUUUAAAAGCUAUGAAAAAACAAACAAAAAAAAACAUCCGGCGAAGCAAAAACGGCAAAAAGUUUUGUUUUCCUUGUUUUGUUUUUAAGUAAAAAAAAAAGAUAAAAAGAAAAAAAAAAUGAGCAUCACCGAGGCUGUGAGCGGUCCCUAAGCACGUACUUCCUAUGUAAUGUUCCAUAGUUGCAUCCACUCUGCUUUUCCUCGUCCCCAGUGCACCGUAUCACGCCCCAUCCGAUGCUUUUUGGAGCCGCAUGCAUUCCUCCACACCAUCUAAACCCGGUAUGUAGCCCGUGUCUUCAGACUGAUUAACGUCAGCGAGGAGAUAAAGGCUGCAGUGAGAAAAACUUGUUUGCAGAGUUCACAUCCCCCACAAGCUUUUCCGUGAGCAUUAAUAUGACAUUUGAGCUAGCUUUUACACAAUGAAUGUUACUGUUUGCACCUGAGGUGGGGAGAAAAAAAAAAAAAAGUGGUUGAUUGACAGUUAAUAAGCUCUUGUGACUUGCAUGCUGUGAGCCAAAGCCUUCCAACCCGAGGGUUAUAAAACAUUUUUUGAAAGCACGUUACUAAAAAAAUAAAUAAAUAAAGCAAAAAAAAAACAAAAGAGAACAAAUGGUUUUAUGUGUUGUUAAAAUAAACACUUAUAAAGUGCAAGUGACUGUAUAUUUAUGAAUUUUCCAUGUUUAAGAAAAAGAAAGUUACACCAGACAAAUUUUUUUGUGUUUCGUUUUGUUUGUUUGUUUUUUUUUUCCUCGAAAUGCUCCAGUGAUUUCUUUUAUUGACUAACAAAGCGAGUGGGUGGCAAAAAACAACUGCUCUAUUACAGUUUCUUUUCCUAGGUGGAUAUUUCAUACUGUUGUGCAACUUUUCUACAUUUUCUUAAAGGUGUUCUUUGCAAAUGCUCUCUUGUGUAUCACGCAGUAGCUCGACUGGUUUGCCAAACAUGAAGUGUCUAGCCAAGAAUCUGCUCAUCGUCACAUUUACAGCCUGACAUGUAAUAAAAACGAAAUAUAAAAGCAG